AUAAAUAUCUAAAAUAUUGAAAUUGGUUUACUAUUUUUUGGUGGCCUAGUGUUAGUAAAUUAAUUACCUGUAUAUAUAUAUAACUGAGAGAAACUCAUAUAUUUCUACCCAAUACCACCCCCCUCAAAAAACCCUACCUCCCACUUAAACCCGAAACAGUCAUCUAUAUACUACUGUAUAGAGACCUAUUGUAUGGUAAUAAUGAUGAUGGCAUCAGCAACAAUGUCUACAGGUGCUGCCCGAGUGAACAAUACCACUACCACCAAUGGUGGUUGUGUUGGUGGUGGUGACGGUUCCCAUAUCAAGCGUAUAAUGAAAGACUUACAGGAGUUUUAUCGGGAAAAUUCUGAGGACAUCUAUGCGGUCGCCGAAGAUAACGACCUGACACGUGUGCACGCAUUGAUACGCGGACCGCAGGGAACGCCCUACGAGAAGGGCUUCUUUUAUUUUAUAUUAAAUUUUCCGACUAACUAUCCGAUAAGUCCGCCGACAGUCAAACUGAUGACCACCAAUGCCGGUACUGUACGCUUCAAUCCCAAUCUGUACGCUUGCGGCCGGGUAUGUCUGAGCAUACUGGGCACUUGGAACGGUCCGCCGUGGACAGCUGUACAGACACUGUUCACAAUACUACUGUCCAUACAGUCAUUGAUGAACGAAAAGCCCUAUCAUAACGAACCGGGCUAUGAAUUGGGCAGCCGUUUAAUGUUAGGUACUAACAGGGGUAACCCAGACAACAUAACCCAGGCUGUCAACAGCUAUAACGAUAUUAUUGCCUACGAAACCAUACGGGUAGCUGUCGUGGGUAUGCUAGACCCGUACAGUGUGGACGGCCGUAAUAUGCCCGUAGUAUUGCGCAACGUUAUGUUGGCCGCUUUCCGAUCGGAUUACGACUAUUUUGAACGGACAGUCCGCUGGCGAUCGGAAACAAUGGACGGCCAACGACCGUCGGAUCCGUUUGGCGAUUGUGGUCGACCGCGAAUGUUUGAAUACGGCAAACUGUUGGCACAAUUGACCGGUUUGAAGACUACCAGUGCUGGUCCUGAUGCUGUUGAUACUGAUGCUGGUCAGGUGGUGGCAACAGUGGUCACCAAUAAUAAUAAUUUAUCGGUAAAUCUACGCAACAGUCUACUGGCCAAAGACUACUUUGAUAUGGUCGACAGGGUAUUGGCAUCGGCGCCGACAUCAUCGAUGUUUAACUAUACCGAAAACAAUGGCACCGACGACGAUGACGACUUCUGGGACAAGAUGGCCGACGAUUGGCUAUAUCCCGACAAUGCCGGCGAUCUCGGCUAUGAGGAAGAGGAGGUUUAGGAAGUGUAUGCUUGAAAAGGGGAAACGGUAUGUCCAAAGUUUUUUGUUUGUUUGCCUGUCUGCCUAACUGUCCCUAUCAUACCUACACACACACACCCACACAUACAAUAGGACCCAAUGGUUAUUAUAAUUUGUUUUUUUUUGUGGACAUCUACUACACAUGUAGUAUUAUU